AUGGGGGAACCUGAAGAGCCAGAACUCCACCUCGCAGUCCGCGACAGCAUACAACCAACAUCGCCUCAAACAGAACAUAUCACUAGUUCACCAGACACAUUACAGCAUCGCGGAUUACAUUGGUGGAUCCAAAUUCUCAUUUACAUAACUUUCAUCCUUGUUGGGCAGUCAAUUGGUGUAUUACUUGGAAGAUUGUAUUUCAACAGAGGCGGUAAAAGCAGAUGGAUAUCGACACUCAUACAAUUUGUAGGCUUCCCUGUUCUACUUCCACUGUACCACAUCUUCCCAAAGGAAAACACCCAACGAAACAAACCAUUGGACCUGAUUUCUUUCUUCAUGAUUGCAUCAAUCUACAUUGUCCUAGGAUUAUUUGGAGCAGGAGCGAGUAUGAUGUACUCAAUAGGACUACAAUAUAUGCCUAUCUCUACAUUUUCUCUUAUAUGUGCAUCUCAACUAGCUUUCAACGCACUCUUUUCCUUUUUCCUAAAUUCACAGAGCUUCACCCCUUACAUAAUGAAUUCUCUGAUGCUUCUUACAAUAUCAUCGGCCUUACUUGUCUUUCAACCCGAUCAUUCUUCCCUUCCGAAAGGAGUAUCAAAGGCAAACUAUGUUGUUGGUGUUCUUUGCGCGAUUGGUAAUGCAGUUGGAUAUGGACUGUUAUAUUCAAUAACAGAGUUUGUUUUCCAAAGAAUACUGAAAAAUGAGAGUUUCAGAGCUACAUUGGAUAUGAUGAUGUACCAAUCACUCGUUGCAAGUUGUGCAGCGAUGGCUGGACUUUUCAUUAGUGGUGAAUGGAAGACUCUGAACGGAGAGAUGGCUCGUUUCGAACUCGGCAAGAUUUCAUACAUGAUGACCUUGAUCUGGACAGCAUUGGGUUGGCAACUGUAUACUAUAGGCUUACUCGGCCUGAUUGUUAAAGUGUCAUCUCUUUUUUCCAAUGUUGUAUCUACUUUCGGUUUGCCUAUCGUUCCAGUGCUAGCUGUGGUCUUUUUUCAUGAUGCAAUGGAUGGGAUAAAAGUUGUGGCUAUGUUGUUGGCUAUUUGGGGAUUCAUUUCAUAUGCAUACCAACAAUACCUUGAUGAUGAAAGUAAAAAAUCACCUAACACCUAUUCUUCUAGAGAUACUGAGAGUCUUAGAGCAUAA